AUCUCUUGUUUGGUCAUCUUUAUCCGCCCACAAGUUGGUGGGCAAACUGGAGGACAAGCUGCCACACGGCAAGGACUGUGCCCCCUUGUUGAGCGACGCGCAGGCUGCACCUCAGAGCAGGUCCUCAGGAACCCAGCUCCAGCCCGCAGCCCGGGGAAGUGGGACCGGGCGCUUCCCGCAGGACACCGCCCCGAACGCGGCCCCGCCCCUCACCUUGCCCGCGAAGGUGCGUGCGGCGCUCGGUGAUUGGCCGCGGCCCGCCGCUGCCCGGCUGCCAUUGGCUGCUUGGCUCUCUUUGUUCCCGGUCCCCCCCACCCCUCGCCCGCCGGGGCGAGUCUGCCUGCAGCCGACCUCGACCUCGCGGCGGAAGUUCGACGGCGCCGUGCGAGUGGCUGAGGCGACGGCGCCGGAGUCCCCGGCAGGUCCCGCGGUGCCCGGGCCGAGCGGAGGCCACCGGAGCCUGGACGUGAGAUCCCGGACAGGAGGAGGAAGCCCCUGUUGACGCACAGCAGCCAUGGACUUGGAUACCAAAAUGAAGAAGAUGGGCUUAGGUCAUGAACAAGGAUUUGGAGCGCCCUGUUUAAAAUGCAAAGAAAAAUGUGAAGGAUUUGAACUGCACUUCUGGAGAAAAAUAUGUCGUAACUGCAAGUGUGGCCAAGAAGAGCAUGAUGUUCUCCUGAGCAACGAAGAGGAUCGGAAGGUGGGGCGGCUCUUUGAAGACACCAAGUACACCACCCUGAUCGCCAAGCUGAAGUCGGACGGAAUUCCCACGUACAAACGCAACGUCAUGAUACUGACCAACCCAGUUGCUGCCAAGAAGAAUGUCUCCAUCAACACCGUCACCUAUGAGUGGGCGCCUCCUGUCCAGAACCAGGCAUUGGCCAGGCAGUAUAUGCAGAUGCUGCCGAAGGAGAAGCAGCCGGUGGCAGGCUCGGAGGGGGCACAGUACCGAAAGAAGCAGCUGGCAAAGCAGCUCCCUGCACAUGACCAGGACCCUUCCAAGUGCCAUGAGUUGUCUCCCAAAGAGGUGAAGGAGAUGGAGCAGUUUGUGAAGAAAUACAAGAAUGAGGCGCUGGGCGUGGGAGAUGUCAAACUGCCCUAUGAGAUGGGGACUCCAGGCAUCGACAAACUCUACCUCCCUGCGGGGGACAGAGGCACCCCGACAGUCACGGGGGCUGUGGAGAGCAAAUCUGCCGAGCCAAAGAGAACGCAGUAUUUCUGCUCUUGCUGCAAGCUGCUCAUGCAGGAGGGCGAGCCCGCCGUCUACGCCGAGAGGGCUGGCUACGACAGGCUGUGGCACCCAGCCUGCUUCACCUGCAGCGCCUGCUCGGAACUCCUGGUUGACAUGAUCUAUUUCUGGAAGAAUGGGAAGCUGUUCUGUGGCAGACACUACUGUGACAGUGAGAAGCCCCGCUGUGCCGGCUGCGAUGAGCUGAUAUUCAGCAAUGAAUACACCCAGGCAGAGAACCAGAACUGGCAUCUGAAACACUUCUGCUGCUUUGACUGUGACGGCAUCCUGGCUGGGGAGAUCUACGUGAUGGUCAACGACAAGCCUGUGUGCAAGCCGUGCUACCUCAAGAACCACGCCGUGGUGUGUCAAGGGUGCCACAAUGCCAUCGACCCGGAAGUGCAGCGGGUCACCUACAAUGACUUCAGCUGGCACGCGUCCGCCCAAUGCUUUCUGUGCUCCUGCUGCAGCAAGUGUCUCAUCGGAGAGAAGUUCAUGCCUGUGGAGGGCAUGGUUUUCUGUUCAGUGGAGUGUAAGAGGAGGAUGUCUUAGGACAAGAGCACUGAGCAGCCUUGAGCCGUUAUCUAGCCAAAGGGUAUGCAUUUCUACUGUAAAGUGCAAUUUCAAAACAUGAUAAUAAAAGGAAAAGAAACAGUUAAGGAAACCAA